ACCCCCACCCUGGGUGACUGGCUGAGCCGGUCUCCUCUGGGUUUCUCUAGUAGUUUCCGUGCAGCUGACGCAUGCUUGCGCGCACAGCUGAGCCGGGCGCGUCCUACGCAGCAGCCGCGAGCCGGGCAGCCGGUGCCAGACGGUUCCCAGCGGGGGGCAGGGGCGGGGCACCGCAGGAGCCAGGGACUCCAGGCAGAGGAGGAGGCCUGCCUGACUGUUGACGAGUUGCCAUGGCAUCCUACUACGACAUCCUAGACGUGCCGCGAAGUGCGUCGGCUGACGACAUCAAGAAGGCGUAUCGACGUAAGGCUCUACAGUGGCACCCAGACAAGAAUCCGGAUAAUAAAGAGUUUGCUGAGAGGAAGUUCAAGGAGGUGGCAGAGGCAUAUGAAGUGCUUUCCGACAGUAAGGGCCAGGAGCAUAAGCGAGAGGUCUACGACCGCUAUGGCCGGGAAGGGCUAACUGGAGCAGGAACUGGCCCAACUCGGGCAGAAACUGGCAGUGGUGGGCCUGGCUUCACCUUCACCUUCCGCAGCCCUGAGGAGGUCUUCCGGGAGUUCUUUGGGAGCGGAGACCCUUUUUCGGAGCUCUUUGAUGACCUGGGUCCCUUCUCAGAGCUCCAGAACCGAGGAUCCCGACACUUGGGCCCCUUGUUCACCUUCUCUUCCUCCUUCCCUGGGCACUCUGAUUUCUCCUCCUCAUCUUUCUCCUUCAGUCCUGGGGCCGGUGCUUUUCGCUCUGUUUCUACAUCUACCACCUUUGUCCAAGGACGCCGCAUCACAACACGCAGAAUCACGGAGAACGGGCAGGAACGGGUGGAAGUGGAGGAGGAUGGGCAGCUGAAGUCAGUCACAAUCAAUGGUGUCCCAGAUGACCUGGCGCUGGGCUUGGAGCUGAGCCGUCGCGAGCAGCAACACUCUGUCACCUCCAGAUCCGGGGGCUCGCAGGUGCGACAGACCCCUGCCUCACGCCCCUCUGACAGCGACCUCUCUGAGGAUGAUGAAGACCUGCAGCUCGCCAUGGCCUACAGCCUGUCAGAGAUGGAGGCAGCUGGGAAAAAUCCAGCAGAUGUGUUCUGAGCUGGAUGUCCGGGAUCCAGAGCCGCUGCACAGUUUCAACAGGACAGCGCCCUCCCCUGUGCACAGGGAGGGGACCCUCCAUUCCUCUCCCUCACCCGUGCAGAGCUAGAGUUGGGCCUGGGUGGUGGGAGGCGUUGGUAGUCUUAGCCUAUAAACUCUUCCCUGGGUGUUUGAUGUUCUCUUGUGGACUACAUGUCCCAGAAUGCAAUGCACCCUCCUUCAAUUUCUGAUUGACCGUGCUUGAGGGAAGCAGUGCAUGGUUAUAGAGCCGUGCAUAUUGGGACAUGUAGUUCCAACCCAGGUUGGCCUGUCACUGGCUGUGACAUGGGGAGAUGUUAUCAUUUGAUCUGUCCCUGGCGGAGGGUGGGGGGAGGGGGGAGGUGAGAAUGUGGAUGAAGGGGUAAUGUUCUGAGCUUCCAUUCCCCUGACACCUCUUGUUAGCACCAGGGUUAGAGUGUACAAAUCAAAGUCCUGUGGCAUCUGGGAGAGGCUCUUUUCCUAUUGGCGGUACUGGGGUCUGAGGAACAAGUCUGGGCGGGAUCACUAAACAGGGUGUGACCCCAGAACGCUGAUGGGCUUAAACCAGCAUAGAGCUUGAAUUGAAGGGCCCUCUCUCGUGUGUGUGUGUGUGUGUGUGUGUGUGUGUGUGUGUGUGUGUGUGUGUGUGUGUGUGUGUGUGUGUGUGUGUGUGUGUGUGUGUCCGUCCGUCCGUCCCUGUGUCCGUCCAGGAUUGGCAUGUGAUGGGUGCUCUGGGCAUGUUGCUGCUUGUAUGGCUUCUUUGGCCUCUGACCCUGCUGCCCAUUCUGUCUCCAGUCCCACAGCUGAGCUGCCUCUCCUCCUCCCUGCCUGGGGAGCCCAGUGGCCAGGGAGGGGAGUGGUGGAGUCAGGGUGUUACCAGACCCUGUGACACUGUGUCUCAGAGACCUAUCAAAGCCAGCUGGGCUGAGCUCAGACCAGAGGGAAACACUGGAAUUCAAUAAAGCUGAGUUUCAAGAGCU